UUAAUUGUUGUUAGCACUGGAGAUGAUUCCUGUACGUUGUCCCCCCUAUGGUGGUCUGAGUGAAAUGAGGAUGUAUAACAGUUUUCCUGAUUAUUGCUUACGGCUGGCAGUGGUACCAUUACCCAAUCAACAUGUAGGACGAACAGUGACGUCAUCACCACCGAAGACAGGCUGGGAGCUGUUCUUAUCAACGGUUGGAGAUGGCGCUAACGAAGAUACCCAACAUGAAAAAUUCCAUCAGGAAAAGACCGCCAUGGCCUAUUACCGAGACUCCGAGCGCCUGAUCCACGAGAUGUCGAAGCGGCCGCUCCUCUGGGACUCGACCGCGGAGGCCUACAGCCACAAGGCGGGCAAGGCAGAGGCGUGGGCGAGUGUGUACCGCGCCCUCUACGACGACUACGGCGACAAGAGCAAAGCUGAGCAGAGUAAUUUAGGGAAGGAGAUCCAGGCCCGCUGGAAGAGCAUCCGCGACUCCUACAUCAAGGACUGCCGGAGGGUCAGGAGCGAGGCCGCGACCGGCGCGCCGCCCUCCCGCCGCUACAUCUUCUUCGAGCAGCUCUCCUUCCUCAACAAAGUGAUCGGGCGCAAGGCGGCGUCCGGCGGCCUCCCUUCGCCCCCGAGCCCGGACGCCACGGAGGACGCGCCGCAGAAGGCCCUCAACGGGGACUCGAGUUCCGAACCGAGCGUGAAGAAGAAGCGGCGGCAGGGCCUCGACCCGGAGGCGGGCUGCCCCUCGGAGGAUCGCCUUCAGUGCCAGCUGCAGCAGCCGGACGACGACAGGGACUUCUUCAUGUCGAUGCUCCCGGCCGUCAGGACUCUGAGCGAAGAUCAGAAACUCUCCUUCAGAAUACACAUCUUGCAGACGCUCCAGAGAAUCAAAGCGGGGCAAAGUCUUCACAGUGCAGGCGUUUCUAAACCGGAUACUUAGAAAGUCACAACCUCAUUCAUAUCCGCCUCUCGAAGCACAAAUACAUAUUUGCAUAUCAUUUUAGCAUUGUACAUUUGUCAUUUAAAUCAAACAUUUUGUACCAUCUAAUUAGCAUCAUGUAGCAUGUAAAUUCUCACCAAAUGCUGGCUUUAAAUGCCGACCAUUUUGUUUACCACUACUUUUAAUAUUUACAGUAUUGAGAUAUUGUCCUCAUCUCUCCCUAUUUCUCCCUCUCCCUUCAUCCCUCCCCAUUUCUACCUUUCUCCAUUUUCCCCCCUUUAACUCAACUCUUACACAAGAGAUGUUUAUAUAUAAUUAUUUUUAAAGAUA